AUGGCCACCAAGGAGGCACAAGAGAGCGUUUCCGCUCAUGAUCCCGACCUUCACCCACCUAAACACCAAAAUAUUUUUACCAGAAUCCGCCAUGAACCAUGGUUUCAAAUCGUCCUCGUCUCGUUCAUUGCCUUUUGCAACCCUGGCAUGUAUAAUGCCCUCACCGGAAUGGGAGGGUCGGGCCAAGUCGACAGUACAACUUCCGCCAAUUCAAACGUCGCAACCCAUGCAUGCACAGCGGGAGCUGCCUUGCUUUUGGGCUCCUUUUACAAAUAUCUGGGACCGCGCUUGUCUCUUCUCAUUGGCGGGUGGACCUACGCUCUCUAUGCCGGAGCACUAUUGAAUUCCGACCGCACCACAAAUGGCAGCCCUUUUGUGAUCGCCGCUGGAGCGAUCCUAGGUCUAGGAGCGGCCUUCUUUUGGGUCGCGCAAGGAACCAUCAUGGUUACCUAUACGAACGAUAACACGCGUGGUAGAGCCAUCGGGAUUUUCUGGGUCAUAUUCAACCUCGGCGCAACCAUUGGCUCGCUGGCCAGUUUUGGUCUUAACUACCACUCCAAAUCUGGCACCGUGACAGACUCGACUUAUGUGGCUUACAUUGUUGUCAUGCUCUUCGGGUGGCUUUUAUCGGUGUUUAUCUGUUCAACGGAACAUCUUUCGGACCACUAUCACGGCAAUCGUAUCAAUCAGGACUCCAAGGCUAUCAAUUGGACGAACCUCAAGAGAACUGCAGUGGAGACCUUGCAAAUUGUUUUCAACUGGAAAAACAUGUGUCUUUAUCCCAUGUUCUACACCGCAAAUGUGUUUUACUCCUAUCAACAGAAUGCUGUCAAUGGCAUGACAUUCAACCUCCGCACACGCGCUCUUAAUGGCGCCCUCUACUGGAUCGCACAAAUGGUGGGCGGGCUUCUGAUGGGUUCCAUCCUGGACCUUCAAAUUUUCAAUCGCCGCACGCGGGCCAAGAUUGGCUGGAGUAUACUAUUUGUCACCGGGAUGGCGAUCUGGGGAGGGGGUUAUAGUUUCCAAGUCUGGGAUAACCUGCGAUUAAAACAAGGGUUAAAGCAGGAUAUCGAUUACAAAGCCGGAAGUGAAUAUCUCGGACCUAUGUUUCUCUAUUUCUUCUAUGGCGCUUAUGAUUCGUUCUGGCAGUCAUUCUGCUACUGGAUUAUGGGAGCUCGCUCUCGCGAUCCUGUGGUAAAUGCCGUCAUUGUUGGAGCAUAUUCAGCAUUGAAGCCAGCAGGUGGUGCGAUGGCUUGGAGAAUAAAUGCUGAGGGAAUCAGUGCCAUGACUCAAUUCGCUAUGAACUGGGGUCUAACUACUGGUAGCCUAUUGAUUGCUAUUCCAACGGUUUUGUGCAUCGAACGGGAAGGUUCUGAUCUUACCUGA